AAGGUAUACCGUAGGUGAUCGUUAUGGAUCUGUAUAUAGACAACACAGAACAACUUAGAUCCUUUCAAAAAUAGGUAGAAAACUGUUAUUUAUAACAAAAUAAAUCCACGAUGAAUUGAUGACCCUAUGACUUACAAUCCUGCAUCUACCUAACAGCUGAUUUUAUUUAAAAAAAUGUCUAUGCUCAUAUUCUCUGACUUCUGAUCAACGGACGUCCGAACAAGAGUUCAUAUGAACUAUCAAUAAAAGUUCUCGAUUGGAAUUAUUUUCUAACUUAAUUAAGACUAGAUGGAGCGCGAAAAUCAAUUUAGGAGUGUUAAUCAACUUUUCAAAAGAAUUCCUUUACGGUUUCAUACAGUACUUAAGACUACUUACUUGAGCACUAAUUAUUCUUUCAAUUUUAAAUUCUAGGUACGCAAUUCAAUAGAAUUGUAACUACUUAACAAUGUUUUAAUUCUUUAAUUGCUUAGGUAAUGCUUACAUAAUGUUUAUAAAGGUGUUGUAUGUAAGUACCUACCUAGUUUAUCACCUUCAUUUCUAUCACACAUAUAUAUCCUGGAAAUAAGAUCAUGAAUACUAAACUUAUAUUUUAUGGGUAUAUAUAUAAGUAAAACAGUACCUAAAGCAAAUUCUAUUCUAUAGAAUCUACUUAUUUAUUAGGUGGGGUUGAAGCCUAAAAAUGUCGUGCUCAUUAAAACACAAUAUUAAGUUCCAUGUAAAUGAACCGCUCUCACAAAAUGAAAUCAGAAUAACUUCAUCAGAAUUUCAUAAAUUUAUUUUUGUUUUACAUGGCGCUUACAAGAGAGCUCUUUACACGAUAUUAAUUUAUUAACACGGGCUCAAAGGCCUGACGUCAAGGCAAUAUAAACUAGGAAUGAGCGUAAUAAAAUCGUACCGACCUACCUAAAUUUGAACUCUAACGGAAGUUCAAUUAAGAUCAUUUUGCCGUUAAUUAAGUGUUAUAAAGUCCAAUGUGCAAUAUACAUGUGUACAUACGUUGGUAUAGAUAUUGAUUGUUAUUAUGAUAUACGCCUGACAUGUGCUACUGUUAUCAGUCGUACUCCGAUCUUCACCUGCGCUGGUGUUACUGACUCAAGCAUCUGAGGUAUUAUGAACAGAUCCGGUGACAAAGUGCGGUGAGAACCAAUCAACCAUCAACAAUGCCAGUGCUACGCAACGCCGACCACCCAGUCCACUCGCUGACGGAUUCCGUCGGCGCGCGGUACGGUGUCGCUGUGCUCGGCUCCUGGGCCGCUGAAGCAGCAACAUACCCAUUCGAUUUGACGAAGACAAGACUACAGAUCCAAUCAGAAGUUGCUGCCGCCAAACAUGGAUACAAGUUGGAGAACCACGGCAUGAUUAAGACAGCGGUGGGUAUAGCGAAGCAGGAAGGUGUCACCAAGCUCUGGACCGGCUUGAUGCCCAUGUUCCAACGCCAUGCCAUCUACUCAGGCUGCCGACUCAUCUUCUACGAGCAGUUCAGAAACCACUUCAAAGAUGAAAACGGAAAAGUGUCACUUGGAAUUGCUUCCGUGGGUGGGUUAGCGGCAGGAGCAUUGGCGCAGCUGAUCGCGUCGCCUACAGACCUCGUGAAAGUACAGAUGCAAGCUGAAGGCCGCCGGGUCUUACAGGGCAAGCCGAAACGGUUCUCCAACUGCAGAGAUUGUUACAAGAUGCUAUAUAAAGAAGCUGGGCUUAGAGGCUUUUGGAGAGGAGCUGUGCCCAACGUGCAACGCGCUGCCCUCGUGAACAUGGGUGACUUAGCAGCGUACGACUACACCAAACAGUUCUUAAUGCGUGAAUUCGGUAUGGCGGACAAUGCCUUGGUUCACGGAGCUGCUGCAUUCACUGCUGGGUUCGUGGCUGCAGUACUUGGCACACCAGCUGACGUACUUAAGACCAGACUUAUGAACCAACCCGUGGGACCUGAUGGAAGGGGCUUAUCGUACCGAGGUAUGAUAGAUUGUCUGCAGCAAUCCAUCAAGAAUGAAGGCAUAUUGUCCAUGUACAAAGGUUUCCUGCCACUCUGGAUGAGGCUGGGACCCUGGGCGCUCAUCAACUGGAUAGCCUUCGAGAACAUCAUGUUGGCUAUAGGGGGACAUACGUUUUAGUUUUAAUAUGAUUUGAAAACGUAGCCAGGUUGAACCUAUUGAAAAAAUAUUCUUUUUUUCUUCUCAAAACUUCAAGAUAAUAAUUAUGUUUUUCUUGAAGAUUUUGUAACGAAAAAAAAAACUGGUAUAAAUAGAACUAUUUUGCCCACGGGUUUAUAGCAUCAUCGAGUUCUGCGGGGUUACUUACCUACUAUUCACCAUUGGUCAACUUUUAAGCUCUUUUUCCCACUAGUAGAUAGUACAUAGUUUAAAACGUUUGACAAAGUACUUAACAUGUACUUAAAUGUCACCUUCAAAUCUGGCUACGUUCAUAUACCUCAGUUCCUGACUUCUUAGCUUGUUAAGUCUUGGGUAUGGUCGUGGUGCUAGCUCUGAGCUAGCAACCUAGUUACCUGUGUCUAGAACAAUAAUACUUAACCAAAUCAUUCGAAAAUCUAUAUUAAACUUUUAUGACAUACAAGUUGGAAAAAUAAAAUGAAUUAAAGCAUAAAAAUACUAAAAGUCAACUAAGACAAAUUCGGAAGUUUGGCAAGAUUCUAAUUUAUUUAUGCCUGAUUGAAAUAAUAAUUAAAUCUUUUGAGAUUAUUUCGAUACAUCAUGUAGUUACCUACAUAAAGUACAUUAAACUUGUGUACAUUUUUAUUUAUUUUGGUCUCUAUUAAGAGACCAUUGUUUAGUGAGAUACAAUUGCUAAUAUAUUAUGGCUCAAGCGAGAUAAAUGUAUAAUAUUUAUCUGGCUUCUAAAAGUCAGAGAAACAAUUAUUUAUUAAGUUUAAAAGAUUUAUAUAGGAAAAUGCCUGUUGUUUCUAGCAAAAGUAUAUUUUUGUUAUUAUUUAUUUUUGAUUUGUUUAUUUAGGAAAUGCUUUUUGCACAACGAUCAUGUUUUUCAAGGCCAUAGAAUAAGAUCAUCGGAGCUUGCACAAAUAGGUACAUUGUAAUACAAUAUUGCAUAUAAUAAUCCUACAAAAUAAUGUAUUUAUUGCUGCCAAAGGUGCUAUAACUAUGUAAGAGUAAAUGUGUGCGGAAUAAACAAAAAUAUUUCUUAAUAUGUCUCCCUUAUGGUACAAAAGAGAUCGAACACAAAUCACAUAUUAGUCUAAUAAUAGUCAGUAGUUAUUGAUUUGUAGUCAAUUCUUGCGACCAGUGUCAGUUUUCUAGGGAUAUCCUAUUCUGGUGGAUAUAAGAAAUAUACUUAUCCUGAUUUUCUCGUGAUAAUGCAAAAAGGAAAUCAAUGCAAUACUAUAUAAACUAUUUAUCAAUUAUGUAUAUCUUUUAAGAACUUGUGAAACUGGCCUUAUGUUAAGUAACGUGAAUAAUAAGUUGAUUGACGACAGUGUGCGUUUGUUAAGCUGAGGUCACACUCGCAGCUAAUGAAUUCGUCCUAUUUUCAUCAGGUGAACAAUAGACGGGGUUCUCCAGCACGAAUGCAAUAAAAAUUUGUAAAACUAUGUAUGAGAUGGGUGUACACCGUACACCCAUGUCAUACACUUGCUGGUAGAGUGGUCUGCAAUUGGGAUAUUUUCGAACUAUAUAGAUUAAUUCUAUAAUUUUUUCUUAUUUUUACAUCAUAAAAUCAAUAAUGUGAUUAUUUUCUUAAUAAAUAAACAAUUUUUAUGUAGGACUAAAAACACAUCCUAAUUCAUUAUGCAUGUAUAAGAUUGAACGAAUCAUACUUCAAACAAAUGAGUACUGUGAUUGAUGUGAAGCCACAAUUCAAUGUAAUCGUUACUGCAAUAAUACGGAGACACUGCAGUACAUGAAUCACCUUGAUAAUUGUACAAAAUGAUGAUCUCCUUUGAAUCCUGUAUGGGCUGCAGUGUGCCCGCAACUUACUGUUAGUGUUUUAGAUGUAGCUUUAUAGUAAUGUUAAAUGGUAAUUGUUACAAAUUGUGAUGUUAUUAU